UGUGUGUGCGCAGGGCAGAGAAGCAACAGCCUUCCAAUACACUCGAUGCAGUCGAACCGGCCGCCUCCGCCGCGCCCCCAGGGCGGCCGCGGCGCGCCGGGGCCCCAGGGCGGCCGCGGCGGCCAGGGCGGCCGCGGCGGGCCGCGGAUGAUGCAGAUGGGCGGCAGCCCGAUGGGACCGCGCGGGGCGAUGGGUCCUGGGAUGGCAGGGAUGCCGAUGGUGUACGGCGGCAUGCCGCCCGCCGGCGGACCGCAGAUGAGCCUGGUGCGAGUGCCGGCCAACCUGUCGCCCGAGCAGCAGCAGCAGUGGCAGCAGCAGAUGAUGCAGCAGCAGCAGAUGCAGAUGAUGGGGAUGAUGCUGCCGACGAGCGGAUACGGCACGAUGCGGCCGGGCCCAUCGAUGCGCGGCGGAGGCAUGCAGGGAGCGUACAUGCCGAUGGGGGGGCAGCAGGCGGCGGCCUACGGGCAGCCGACCAACAUGUACUCAGCGCCGGGCCAGGCCGCGGGCAGCGUGCGGCCGAUGCCGCCCCGCUCGGGUGCGCCCAUGAGCGGCGGGGUCGUCCCGGUCGGCGGCAGCUUCCAGCCGAGUGCGGGCGCGCCCGCGCCGCCAAAGAAGCCCGCUUCGCGCGCGAUCGCGAUCGUCAACCCGGAGACGAACGAGGAGGUUGCGGUGGGCGGGAAGAAGGUGUACGCGCGCGACUUCCUCAUGUCGCUGCAGCCGCACUACACCGAGCGGCCCGCGACGCUCACGAUGGAGUUCGAGUUCCAAAAGGGCGGCAAGGGCGGGCGCGACAAGGGCGGAGGCAAGGGGGGGCAGCGCUUCAUGCCAAUGUCCGAGGUCAAGCCGCUGGAGAAGACGGAGAACGCGUACGUGGCGGCGACGAUCGCGAAGAAGGACGUGGACGCGGGCGAGAAGCUGCUGCGCGACUGCAAGUCCAUCCUCAACAAGCUCGCCCCCGAGAAGUUCGACAAGCUCGCCGGCCAGUUCCUCGAGCUGCCCGUCGAGUCGCGCGCCGACAUGGUCGGCAUCAUCGACCACGUCUUCGACAAGGCGCUCGCCGAGCCGGUGUUCGGCACGAUGUACUCGACGCUCUGCGCGCGCUGCUCCGAGUCCUUCCCCGAGUUCCACGACGCGGACAACCCGGGCGGCAAGCCCGUCACCUUCAAGCGGCUGCUGCUCAACAAGUGCCAGGAGGAGUUUGAGAAGGAGAAUGUGGUCAAGACCCAGCUGGAGGCGCUGGGCGAGGACACGCCCAAGGAGGAGAAGGAGCUGAUCCGCAUGCGCGCGAAGAAGCGGAUGCUCGGCAACAUCCGCUUCAUCGGCGAGCUCUACAAGCAGAAGAUGCUCACCGAGAAGAUCAUGCACGAGUGCCUCAUCAAGCUGCUCGGCGACAUCGAGAAGCCCGACGAGGACGAGGUCGAGUGCCUGUGCAAGCUGAUGACGACCAUCGGCUCGCUCAUCGACCACGCGCGCGCAAAGUCGCACCUGGACGAGUACUUCACGCGCAUGAAGUCGAUGGCGAACAACGAGAAGCUCGUCAUCCGCAUGCGCUUCAUGCUGCAGGAGGUGAUAG